AGUUUGGGUUCUCUUCCGGUCCUCAGAGAGAACUUUUUGGCAACUUUCCUUAACGAAAUGCCCAAGAAAAAGGUUAAGAAAGGCGGUGAAAAUCAAGAUGAAAAGAAGAAAUUAUCAGAAAAGGAGAUUUUUGAGUCUUCUAGAGGUCAAACUGCUUCCGACGACAGGGAAAAAGAGUUAUAUUUGAUUCAAUUACAACAUUUGGACGAGCAGUUGGAGAGGUGAGUCUGUCUGAUACAAAACGCGCUUCUCUAUCCCAGCUGGGUUAUAAUAUAAUUAAACCAAAAUCGAUGAGGAAAAAGGUAAUUGUUUUAUAUUUAAGUGUGUUUUUUAAAUCUUGUUUUCAUGUCUGCACAACUUUCGACGUCAAGAGCUUCUAGCUGACGAAGUGUUGUUAUAGCUGGCGUUGUGUUCGCCAUGUGCUAGUUAGUUGCUGUUGAGAUUUUCCUCUUAAUUAAUGUAUGAACGAUAAUCAUAUAGGGGAGAGUGGGGUAAGUUGAGCCACCCCCUGUUGCUUGGAAAUGGUAAAAGAAAUUGAUCAUGUGACCAAAUACUUAGGAGGUGGGCAUCAAUUCAUGGAGUUUGUGAAGGUUAGAAGCACAUGGGUGAAGGGCUUAGACAUUUAUUUACAAAAAAACAUGUUUCACUCUUAAAAGUGAAUUUGGUCUGUUAUAAAUUUUAUUAGAAUUGUGUUCAGACCAAAAAAGAUCAUUUUAAAUUUGUUUUAUACAUCAAUUGUGGUAUCUAUGAGCUACAACAUGAGGUCAAAAACUGAGCAUAAAAGUCCACCAUUUUAGCUUAGAGGACUGAUAAAGUCAUGAUUGUAGUUCUGGGGUAAAUUGAGCCACUAGCUCAAUGGAGAAAGUAAAGAAGUCUGAUGAGAGGAUCAGAGUUUCAGUUCAGAUUAGGUAGUAGGGGUGCGGCUCAACUUACCCCACUCCUAUGGUCAACUUACCCCAUACACAGGGAAAGUUGACCAUAGGACACCACUUGUUUUGUCAUGCAAUAUUAUCAAGACAGUUAUGUUUACACUUAUUCUGUUGGUUUGCAGGGAUGCACAACGUCUUGAAAUAUAUGCAGAUACACUAGUUAGAGAGAAAACAAUGAUUGCCUUGAUGUAGUGAUCCGAAAUAGGAAAAAUGGCUCAUCUUACCCCACUCUCCCCUACUGUAUACAGUCUGUGAUGAUGACACACAUACAACAAUUAUCCCAAAUUCAAAGAUUCACUUUUUACUAUAGCUCAGAGUAUGUCUUUCACAUCUACACCUAACUAAAGUGAGUUUCAGAGUCCUAUUAUUUUUUUCAGCGCCUGUUUACAUGAUCUGAAAGCCUCAGGAAAAAUGCUGUUAUCCACCAUCAUUUUUUCCAGCCGGUUAUUUCCUAUUAUUCCUCUAUUCCUGGGAAGGCUGAGUGAACAUAUUGUAAGUGAUGGUGGGUUUACAUUGCUGCCAUUUGAAUAAAGUCUUAUUCCUUUAUUAUAAAAAUGAUCUGUAAUAUAGUGCUGGGAGAGGCAGCAUAGCCCAGCAUGGUCUUAAAUUCAGAAAAACACAUCACUCUGGGCUCAAAUACACUGUGCACAGUGGGAAUCAUCGAGGACUUUGUGAAUAGCUAAACUCUGUGGUUCCUCCUUCAGAUACCAGCAGAAAAAUGAUAAACUAGAGAGGGAGGAGAAUGACUUAAACGCUCAGCUAAUCUCUCUGGAGAAGGAAAAGAAGGACAUCAUUGAUUAUCUGAAACGCUCCCUGCUGGAAAAGGAGGAGGAGGUGGAAGAGCUGACCGAGCGGCUGGCAAGUCAGCAACAGGCUGCAGAUCAGGACAGAGAUGCCGAGCAGCUGCAGUACAGUCAGCUGAGAGAAGAGCUGCAAGACCGGAUUAAAGAACUCACGGCAGAGAACAAGAAACUUGGUGAGACAGCAGCUGGCAGGGCUCAUAUGGCAAAGAUAGGGUAACUGUUCAGUAGAGUGAAGCUUUUUUCUGCAUAAAGUUGAAAUAAAGCUAUUAAUUUAUGGCAUAGGGCCAGUAUUGAAAGACAAAAUGACCUCUACGCAACCUGAACUUGAAAUUUUCGCAUAUUGUGAAACUGUUACAGCUAUUAAAAACAAGUCAGGUAUGUUAAUUUCAAACUUUGAUGCACACCUGUGUUUAAGUCCUAGAAAUGUUUCAAAUAUAAGGUAGAAUGAAUAGAUAAGGUUAACAGUUGAGUCAACCCUCACUGAAUAGGACGACUUGCUUUAUUUCUCCUCUUUCCUCUCCUCCAAGCUGCAAAGCUGGAUAGUCUGGAUGAGUUUCAAAGGCAGAAAGAGGAGCUAGAGUCCAACAUGGAGUCUCUUCAGAUGCAGCUGACUGCCCUGGAGCAGGAACACAAAGCUGGCAUCCACAACCUGGAGAUGAAAGUGCUGCUGGAGAAGAAAAGGUAGAGAUAUUGUUAAGAGCAUUGCAACCAAAAUGAUUUGCCUUCAACAAUUACAUCAUAUUCUGGUUUUUAAAAAAAAGAGGAGAUGUUUUAAUAAUUUUUAGAUGUUUAUAAUUUAAUGGUCAUACUCUUGUGUUAACAGUUUACAAUUUCAAGAAGUCCCUUUAUUGAAAUUGUAAAUGCCAAGGUACAGUUAUAUGAUAAUCUUAACUUGCUUUAUGUAUUGUUGGUGUUCAACGCUGAAAUGAUUCACCCCUCUCUUAUGUCCAACUUUGUCUUUGCCCACUAAAAGGUUGGAGAAGGAGAUGGAGAGCCAGGUUGCAGCCAUAGCAGCAGAUGUGCAGCACCAGGUGGAUCAGAAAGUCCCAGAAACAACAAGAACCGCCCUUCAGGAGAACACAGUACUUAAAGUUCAGCUCAACCAGCUGUCCAAAGAGACUCAGGUCCUGAUGGAGGAGAAUUCUGCUCUGCUGCAGCAAAAAGGGAGGCUGAUUGUGGAUGUGCAGAACCUGGAGGAAAUGCUAAAGGAGACAACCUGCCGGAGCUGCAUCCUCCAGAAGGUUAAAAAGAGGACGAGAUAGACGACUUAAGUUGUCAUAUCACUGUUAAUUCGAUUCUUGAGCUCCAUGUAGGAUCAGCUCACAAACAUGAUAGGUUUUAGUUUUCUUGCUUUACACUGAAAAUAUUUUGUUUAUCAAUUUUUGUCCAGCAUUUUUUCUUUGCAAACACCUUUGAGACAUCACAUUAAUUUUACCCUCUUGGCCAUGGUUUUAAGUCACAACCUAUACCUUCUAUCUUCAUCAGGUGGUGGAGCAGCUCACUGGGAAGUGUGAGCAGCUGCAGACAGAGCUGAAAGAGCGCAGCCAGGAUCUCGUGCAGCUUCAGACUCAAAACACAGGACUUCAGGCUGAGAUGGAGACACUCAGGUCCAUAUGUACUCUGUUACUCUGAACAGGACCAGACCUAUACUGUAAAGGAUUUUGGUUUUAUUGUCAGUGUGUCAUGUCUUCAGACAGGACGAGACCUCCCUUAUGGAACAGGGCCGUAAAAACACAGCUAAGGUGAGUAGGCUGGAGGAGGAGCUCCAGAAAGAGAGGAGGAGCAGGAGCAGGAUGAAGAGCAUCAUGCAGGAGGGAGCGAGGAUGCUCAAAGAAGCUCUGAUGGUACAACAAAAAUUUUAUGAUUACAUUUCUGAUUCUAAACACACAACAACUAUAACACAAUAACACACAAACAAGUACAAAUCAUAGACUGUAUACACUUUGGACAACUUGGCUCCGCCUUCCGUCACUGUACAAAUUUGAAGCUGAAUUACUCUCGGUAUUUCCUGGAUUUUCUCCACUUCCUGGAGCUGCCACUUGCGCAGUAGCAUUGUACACAUUUGGUGAAAGAAUCACUGUGAUGACGCUCGGCUCAAACAGCAUUUCCCCCAGAUGAGCUACACAAUCUUCGUACGCCCAUAGGCUGUAUCAGGUGUCAAUCAUAAAAAACCUGAACCCCCUCAUAACUUUUAAAAAUAGAGCUGCAGUCUUACAAUAACUACAUGUCAACAUCACAACCAGGGGGGAGAAAAAUGUAUAUUCUGCGUCAUAAAUUUCUCAAGUUUGUCCAGAACUCCAUAAGGAUUGCUGGAGGAGGUGGGAUUUAUGACCUAUACUGAAGCCCGUCACCAGAGGGUGCUGUUCUCGGAGUGGCUUCACCCAGCAAGGAGGCAGACAGCGUCUAUUCUAGAUACAGUCUAUGGUCCAAGUAGCUUAUUUUUAGAUGAGAUAAGUUAUAAUGUUUUCAUAUCUUCAUCAGGAGGCCCCUACUGAACAGGACUUGGUGGUGGACUCUGUGGUCCAGUGGAGGCAGCUAAUGCAGAGGCUUUUGUUAGUGUUAGACAGACAAACGCUCAACAGCUCCACCACUGAGGGCGACCGACUGGAUGAGCAGCAGAUGUCUGAUCCUGCAACAGCCGGGUAAAAUGAAAAAUAACUGUCAUGGGAAAACUCGUGGUCAUUUGUUUUUAAUAAAUAAACUGAACUGGAAAAACUCUCAGGUUUGAUCGGCUCUAGAAAUAAUCUUUCACUCAUAACAGAGAAAGCUUUGAGAGUAUUUCUACAAGAAGAGUCCUCUCUUAAAAACAGGUGGUUGCAGAGAAAUCACUGUACUCCUGGUUUCUUAUCUCUACAGAGAAAUAACUCUGAAUCCAGCUUUAAAUUUCCAGUUUGAGCUGGCUCGUCAUAGGCUGGCUGAUCUCGGCAUCGUACCUCGUCCCUCAGCGAAGAGCAAACACAUGAUCUCCAGCAGCACCAGCGUCCCUCUGUACAGGUUGGUUCAGACCUCAAAGUUCAGGUUCUGGUUUUGUAGAGGGGGAGCUUGUGUGUGUGAGGAAGUCACCCCUGACUUUCAUGUUUCCUGAAUGCUUGUCACAUUGUUAGGCUUCUUUUGUCUCAUUACAGAUUAUGCUGAACAAAAAUUCAGUUUUAUAACAGAUCAAUCCCUCUUUAAUUCAUGUUUGUGUUUGAGACAUUAAUCUAACUCUUCAUAUAUCUGUUAUUGUCUAACUCUUUUUCUUUAUUACUCUUCUUCUUCAUCAUCAUCCUUCAGGAAGCCCUCCUCUCAUCAAACAACCAGCUCCUAUAACCCUCGUGAUUCAACUGUCAAAUUUCUGACCUCCAGAAACAACUUCAGGAAAUCUAAACCACAGUAACUGAAUUCAUUUCUGUCAGAAAAAGCCGAGGAACUAAUCUGGUUUUGUCAAGUGUCAAGAUAAUUAUUUUUUCUGAUUUUUUUUUAUUAAAUUGAAAAGAGGGAUCUGAGCUUCUCCACUGAGGGCAGAGAUUUAAACGGAUUUUUAGUAGGAUGCAAGUGUGAUUCGAGAUUUUUGAGGCCACUUCUCUUAAUCAGGAUAAAUAAAUAUCAUGUUUGACACCAAUACGCUGUUUCCAAGUGUACAAUUCUCACCAGCUGCUUCUGUUCAUGGUUGUGAUGCUGCUGAGCCAGACUGUGAUUAAAAAGAAGAAUCUAGAUUCAAUGACAGAUCUGUAAAACAAAAACAAGUACUUAGCUGACUCUUAUAGUUUUUCAGCUCCAUAUGAAAGAUGGUUUUACCUUUAAGUUUAAAACUGCCCAAUUGCUCCACCUCCUAUCUGUUGAUUGAAAGUGAUUUGAUGUUUUCGGGACUUCUUCUACAACCAUUGUCUGAAGGCAAAAUCUUUCUGACCAUUUAUUGUCUUGUCAGUGACUGUGUUUUCCUUUCUUGCUUCAAAGUUCAAACUUCAAGUUUUCAUGCAGGUGUUAAAUAUAUGAAUUUGUCUGCUCAUUAUGUUUGCAGAACAUCUAGAAAUAUAAGAUAAAACCUAAAAAAAUGACCAGACGCUGCUCUGUACACUUUAAUUGAUGUUUAUUGUUAUAUGGCAAAGACUCAGGCACUUCAAUUCUCAUUGGAGGAUGAAAGUCAGCACCUUGAUGAACACUAAAAGGAGGACAGAUGGUUUAUUUUACACACGAGAGACACAUGAGAGAAAGAAACUGGACACAAAAACUAAACUCUACUGACCACCGUAUGUACAAUGAAAUACAUAUAUCUGCAUUAAAAACUAUACUUUGAUAAAUAUAUAACUUCAUGGGUUGUUAUGUAGGAAUAGGAAAUAUUCAAAAUACUGUGAUUCUUCUCUUUAAAUAGAUACAAAGGAUUUGUAUAAAAGUACAAUUUCUCCAGUCUAGGUCUUUGAUGUACUCGUCUACAUGAGCUGGACAUGUGCUGAGGAGAUGUGUGCACAUGUGUGAAACCGAGGCAAGAGAUUUAUUUACAGGAAAUACUUCCUCUAGCGUGUGUGUGUGGAUAAUUCUCCAUCUGUCUUCUCUGAUCUGCUCAAAAAGAAAAAUAAAGACAAAUAAUCACAAAUGAA